CAGGUGGGGGUCCUCACACAGACAGGUUUAUAAUCAGGUGAGGGUCCAUACACAGGUUUAUAAUCAGGUGGGGGUCCAUACACAGACAGGUUUAUAAUCAGGUCAGGGCUCUCACACAGACAGGAGUCCUCGCGUGUGUGUGAUGGUUAAUAAUCUCUGUUAAUCUGUGUGGACUUUCACCUGAGACUCUAAAACUGAACUUUCUGUCUCUGUUUGCUGCUCGAAGUCAAACAGCCGCAGGUCAAAUGGAAGCCGACUUUCAGUGUCAUGAGGGGAGGGGCUCCAAACCCAAUAAACCUAACAUGCCAAGGACAGAAGAGAGCAAAAGGAGGCAACCAAUGGAUGCACAGAGGGUGGGGUCAGACAUGAUUUACACCAUUGAAGAUGUCCCACCAUGGUACCUGUGUAUUCUAUUGGGAUUACAGCAUUACCUGACGUGCUUUAGUGGUACAGUGGCUGUGCCGUUUCUUCUGGCUCAGGCCAUGUGUGUCGGUCGAGACCAAAACACCAUCAGUCAGCUGAUUGGAACCAUUUUCACGACCGUUGGCAUCACGACUCUCAUCCAGACCACCGUGGGUGUCAGACUUCCUCUCUUUCAGGCGAGUGCGUUUGCGUUCCUGAUUCCUGCUCAGGCAAUCCUCAGUCUGGACAGGUGGAGGUGUCCCAGUGAAGAGGAGAUUUAUGGGAACUGGAGUCUUCCCCUGAACACCUCACACAUCUGGAAGCCUCGAAUCAGAGAGAUUCAGGGUGCCAUCAUCAUGUCCAGCCUGGUGGAGCUUGUGAUUGGUCUGUGUGGGUUACCUGGGUUACUGCUGGAGUACAUCGGCCCACUCACCAUCACGCCAACCAUCUCACUGAUUGGCCUCUCAGUCUUCACAACCGCUGGAGACCGAGCUGGGUCCCACUGGGGCCUCUCAGCACUGUGUAUUUUGCUGAUCGUUCUGUUUGCUCAGUACCUAAGGGCGACAUCACUUCCUGUUCCUGUGUAUAGCAGGAAGAAAGGCCUGAGGGCCACCAGAGUGCAGAUCUUCAAGAUGUUUCCUAUCAUCCUUGCCAUCAUGUUGGUGUGGCUCGUCUGUUAUGUCCUCACUCUGACCGACCUGUUGCCAAGAGACCCUGAUCGCUAUGGACACAAAGGUCGCACUGAUGCCCGAGGGGACAUCAUGACAUUGUCGCCCUGGUUCAGGAUGCCCUACCCAUGCCAGUGGGGGUUGCCUGUGAUAACGGUUCCUGGGGUGUUGGGCAUGCUGAGUGCGACGAUGGCAGGCAUCGUGGAGUCAAUCGGAGAUUACUAUGCUUGUGCUCGCUUGUCUGGAGCCACGCCCCCUCCUGUCCAUGCAAUCAACAGGGGGAUUUUCAUAGAGGGCGUGUGCUGCAUCAUUGCAGGUCUGUUGGGGACAGGAAACGGCUCCACCUCCUCCAGUCCAAAUAUAGGUGUCCUCGGCAUCACCAAGGUGGGUAGCAGGCGAGUGGUGCAGUACGGUGCCGGCAUCAUGUUUGUCCUGGGAACCGUCGGCAAGUUCACAGCUCUGUUUGCCUCGCUGCCCGACCCGAUCCUGGGAGGAAUGUUCUGCACGCUGUUCGGUAUGAUCACAGCUGUCGGCCUGUCAAACCUGCAGCUGGUCGAUUUAAACUCGUCCAGAAAUCUGUUUGUUCUUGGGUUCUCCAUGUUCUUUGGUCUGACGCUGCCGACGUACCUGGACACGCAUCCCAACUCCAUUCAGACAGGUGUUUCUGAGCUGGAUCAGAUCCUCACCGUUCUUCUCUCCACUGAGAUGUUUGUUGGAGGUUUUCUGGCAUUCUGUCUUGAUAACACAAUCCCCGGCACCAGAGAGGAGCGAGGGCUGGUUGAGUGGAACUUCUCCUCUUCCUCCUCCUCUUCCUCCACCUAUGACCUUCCCUUUGUCAUGCCUGUGCUCAGACGCACUCGCUGCCUCUGGCGGUUCCCAAUCAGCCCCACCUUCACAGGUUUCAGGGCAUCUGAUGACCCACCCCCUGUGGAACAGGAGCAAGAAGAGGAGGAAGAUGAUGACGAAUUGCCAAGCACCAAGGUGUGAUGAUGAUGUCAUCAAUCCCACCUGACAGCUGUUGUGAGCAGUUAGAUUUCAAACCAAUCAGUGUUUCUGGAUGAUUGAUUAUCAGAUGACUCUACCUCAGUGUGUUUAGAGUUCCAUUAAUCAAUAUGACCAGAAGUUUUUGACAUCACUUCCUGUUCCCAUACCUAAAGCCCCUCCCACAGCGUGGUCCUCCAAUCCUUGAGUUUAAUUUCCUCCUUAUGAGCUCAACCUGACACUUUGCAGAUGUUCUAGGUGUGUAAUGACUUGCAGUCAGCUAA